AUGAGGCUGGACUCACGGUCGGUAUUCGGUGCAUGUGUCUCUCUCACAGUGUUGGGGAAUUGUGAAGCGGGAUGGCGGCCCUACGAGGAGAGGUGUUACUUCUUCUCCCCCGAAACGAAGACGUGGCACGACGCCCUGGCCGAGUGCCAGAGUAAAAACAGCGACCUGAUGAGCAUCCAGGACCUUCACGAGAGGACGUGGGUCACGACCCAAAUCAGCAACAACAUAUACUGGAUCGGCCUGAACGAUAUCGCCUCCGAGGGGAACUGGGAAUGGAGCGACGGGAACGUGUUUUACCCGUACCUGGCGUACUGGAGAGAAGGACAGCCGGACAACUACAAUGACAACGAGGACUGCGGACAGGUCGACAUCAACGGCCGCUGGAAUGACGAGCACUGCACGGCCAAGCGGCAGUACAUCUGCAAACGCGACAACCCGAACCCUCCUGUCCUGUGCGACACGGCCAACCGGUGGGAGCAGUUCGGCUCCAACUGUUAUAAACUUCACCACACGCUGAGGAAGAGCUGGGUGUCCGCCCGCACCGAGUGUCUGACCGAGGGCGCCGACCUGGUGUCCAUCGAGUCAGCGGAGGAGCAGCAGUACGUCUUAGGCUUGGACCCGUCCGCUUACGACCUGUGGCUGGGUUAUUCCACCAUGAAAUGCACGUCGGUGUCAUGCGAGGUCCAGUCGGAGAGCACCACGUUCACCUGGUCUGAUGCAUCCACCUUCGACUACACAAACUGGAAGCAGGGGCAGCCUGACGUCACAGAUCAGCAGAACGGCCUCUGCGCCGGCAUGAUUAAGUCCGGAGGUGAUUACGGGAAGUGGAGGACCCACCUGUGCCGAUCCGAGCAUCCCUACGCCUGCAAAAAGGCCCUGAACACUCUCUGCCCACUCGGAUGGCUGAGCUUUAAAGGAAACUGCUAUUUGGUGGUGACCAACGGCCGCCUGCUGACCACGUGGCACGAAGCCCUGACCAGAUGCGGUGACCUGGGUGGCCAGUUGUUGACCAUCAAAAGCGAGGACGAGCAGUUUUUCAUCAACGCUCUGCUUCCUGAUCUCCACCAGGUGGACCUACCUGAUGUGUGGAUUGGAGUUUCAGAUAUGGACCAGGAUGGCACGUUCAGAUGGGUGGAUAAAACAGAAAUCCAGUUCUCCAACUGGAGCCCCAAUUUCCCGAAGAACACAGAUAAAUACUGGGACUGCGGGCAGAUCUACACAGGAAAUUAUGCUGGGAAAUGGGAGACAGGAAACUGCUUCAAGGUGCGACCCUACAUCUGUAAAAUACUCGGGGGUCAGAACGUAAAACCUACGGCUGCUCCAGACUCUCACUGUGACCAGGGCUAUCUUCUGUUCGGUGACCACUGCUAUCGCUUCGAGUCCGAAAACGUCAAGACGUUUCAGGAAGCCGAAACCUACUGCAUGUCCCAGAGCGGCCACCUAGCCAGUCUCCACGACCAGGAAACGGUCAGCUUUCUGACGGCGCACAUGUUGACGGCUUCUUGGAUCGGACUUAACGACAUAGCACAGGAGGGUCAAUUCCAGUGGACUGAUGGGACGCCGACUAAUUUCCUGCCGUGGGGCGUCGGUCAGCCGGACGACUACAACAACGAGGACUGUGUCCAGAUCCGCGGUACCGAGCACUGGGAGACGGGAAAACUCAACGACUCGCCCUGUUCCUCCACCCUACCGUUCAUCUGUCAGAAAGCUAAAGGUAUCGGACCGCCACCGAUCCCCCCCACAUCUGGACCAGGAUGGAAUGAGAAGUGCGGCUCCUGGACUCCCGACCCCUUCAACGAUUACUGCUACUACUUCAACUCUCUCAACUACCGCAAGUGGGCCGAGGCUCGAGCCGACUGUCUUCAUCAGGGAGGAGAUCUGACCAGCAUCACCGAGCCCUUCGAACAAGGCUUCAUUCAGUCUCAAAUCCAGUCGAUCCCCACCGGCGUGUCUCUGUGGAUCGGUGGCCACGACUCGGUCACAGAGGGAGGAUGGGAGUGGAUGGACCUGGCACCGUUCCGUUACAUCAACUGGUCUCCAGGGAACCCGGACGACUAUUACGGCGAGGACUGCCUCUCCAUCUACAUCAACAGCGGCCUCUGGAACGACGACAACUGUGAAAACCGGCGCGGUUACAUCUGCAAACGGCGCGGAAACACUCCAGAACCUCCACCACCACAUGAUGGUUUCAUGACGGCGAUCACAUGCGAGAUCUCCCCCAUGCUGCUCCACUGUCCUGAAAACAGCGUCAUCAACAUUCAGUCGGCCUUCUUGGGUCGACGCACCGACAAAAUCUGCCCCUAUGACGACGGACUGAUGUUCGUUUCCCUCGGUGCAGGUACGUGCACGGUCCCGGGUACAUACCAGCGGAUCAGGACACAGUGUGAUAAUCACCAGUCCUGCUUCCUCUUCACGCAUGUGGACAACGACCCGUGUCCCUCCGUCUCCAAGUACAUGGAGGUGGUGUACAGCUGUGAGCAGGAUGUGUGUGUGAGAGGUUUGGGGAUGGAAGAUGGGAACAUUACAGACACUAUGCUCUCCGCCUCCUCAUACACCAGUGGUAAAGGACCCACGGACGCUCGGCUCAACGGGAACUCCUGCUGGAUGCCGUCAAGCCCCUCUAACUCGUGGAUUCAGGUGAGUCUGACCGAGUCAAAGAAAAUCACCGGGGUGAAGAUCCAGGGCUGCCCCACCGCAGAUCACUGGGUCACUAAGUUUAAGGUGCAGACCAGCUUGGACGGAGCUUCGUGGACCGACUACAGUAACGAUGGAAAGUUCUUUGGUGCAAUGGACAGAUCCAGUCCAAUUACUCAGCUGCUGGGAACACCGGUAUCUGUGAAGCACAUCCGCAUCCUUCCACUCGAGUGGUUCAGCCAGGCCGGCCUGCGCAUCGAGAUCCUGGGCUGCUCCCCUGACUAUGCCAUCACGUGCAGCACGAGACCCAGUUUGGACCAUUCGGUCGACAGGAUGACCGUUCACUGUCCUGCUGGUUGUGCAUCUCAAGCGUAUAACGUGUACGGCACCGUAACGUACCGAGGGGACUCCACCAUCUGCGCGGCUGCGAUUCACGCCGGCGUGGUUCUGAACGAGAACGGAGGCGACUGCACCGUCCUCAAGGCGCCGGGCCAGAGCUUCUACACCGGCUCCACCAGAAACGGCAUCACCUCCAAACAGUUCAGCGGCGAUUACUCGGUAUCCUACACGUUUGCUGAUGGAGAGCUCAGGUGCUCGGGGAUGGACUGGUACGAAUUCGGAGAGUUCUGCUACAAACCCUUCAUGGAUAAGAGGACGUGGCACGAGGCUCGGGCCCAGUGCAGGAAGCUGGGGGCCGAUCUGGUCUCCAUCAUGUCCAUCACGGAGCAGAGCUGGCUGGAGAGUUACCUCUACAUGGCGACAAGCGACGUCUGGAUCGGUCUGAAUGAUCUGAGCGUCUCGGGCUUCUUCACCUGGUCGGACAACCACGAGGUGAAGUUCACGUACUGGGCUCCUGGAGAACCCAACAACCACCUGGGCUUCCAUGAGGACUGCGUGGAGAUGUACUACCAGACGGGCAGAUGGAACGACGUGACGUGUACGGAACUGAACACCUACAUCUGUAAAAUGGCCAAAGGACAUUACCCCCUACCCUCCAUCAAACCCACCGUGUACGGAUGCCCGCAGGGCUGGGAUGCUUUCGAGUACUCGUGUUACUGGUUCGAGGAGACUCCCAUGACCCGCGCUGAUGCCAAGACCUUCUGCGAGAGUAAACACAGCACUCUGCUGCACAUCAUGGACGUGUACGAGCAGUCUCACUUUACCGCCAUGCUGAGCGGUUAUUCUGACGACUGGUGGAUUGGUCUGAGGGCGAGGGGUGAACUGGGAGGAGUGGAUUACAGAUGGGACAACGGAGCCCUGCUGUACUACACACACUGGGACCGAAAUUAUCCAGACGACCACGCGGGCGACUGUGUCACCAUGACAACGUCGCCUAUAGCCGGUUUCUGGAAAAACGGGGAGUGCGAGCUCUCCCAUCCAUUCAUCUGCGAGGCAGCUAGAAAUGGCAUCACACCGCCCACUCGGCCCCCUACCCCGCCCCCGGACCCUUCGUGUGCCGAAGGCUGGACCGCCCUGCGACACUUCCGACAGUGCUACAAGCUCUUCACCGUGGAUUACUCGAAGAAGAAAAGCUGGGUGGGGGCGCGGGAGGACUGCCUGUCCCGCGGAGCCGACCUCAUCAGCAUCCAUACAGUAGAGGAGGAGAACUUCCUAGCUGACUACACCAAAGGAAACACGCAGUGGAUUGGUCUGAGCCAGGAUCCUAUAGAAGGAGGUUACCACUGGAGCGACGCUUCUCCGGUCACUCACACUAACUGGGGUCACGGCGAGCCGAAUAACCACGAGGGUCGGGAGAACUGUGUGGAGAUGGUCACCACCAACAACGGCUCAUCCUUCUGGAACGACAUCAACUGCGACGCCCAUCAGAACUGGGUGUGCAUGAUUGCCAAGGGGAAGACACCCAUCGUCCCUCCAGUUCCUCCUCCAAUUAUCCCAGCCCCUGAUUGUGGAGAUAACCCCGGCUGGAGGAAGAUGAAUGGCGUCUGUUAUUACUACAAUGACACCGAUGUUGUGGAUUUCUACACGGCCAUGCUGAGGUGCUACCACGAGAAAUCGCUGCUAGUCUCCAUCCUGGACCAGCAGGAGCAGACCUUCAUGCUCUCCAUGGUAGGAACAGGCCAGAUUGCUGCAGCGUGGAUCGGGAUGAGGAUGUUGGGGGUUGUAGGAGGACUUUUGUUAUGGGUGGAUGGAUCUCCUGUCACAUACGUGCACUGGGCAUCGGGAGAGCCCAACAACGCUAACGGGGAGGAGCAGUGUGUGCAGAUGAACAGAUAUCCAGGCUCGUGGAACGAUGUUAAUUGUGGCAGAGCCGUUGCGGGCUACGUGUGCAAGAAACUGCCCGGAGAAAACCACACACCUCCACCUCCGACCCCUGCGUGGGACGGGAACUGCCCCGAGGGGUGGAUGCGCUACCACAACAAGUGCUACAUGUUCAAGGGACGGCACGGGCAUAACGAAGAGAGAACUAACUGGACUUUCGCUCGAGACUGGUGCAGGAAAGAGGGCGGAGAUCUCGCCGUCAUUGAUGACAUUAAUGAAAACGAUUUCGUGGCGAGUUAUCUGAGGGACAUGAACCACGCUGCGUGGAUCGGUCUGUCCGACAGGCUUCACGAGGGUAAAUUUGCCUGGAGUGACGGAGUGAGUCCGGUCCUGUUCACCAACUGGGCGGAAAAGGAACCCAACAACAACGACGGACAGGAGCACUGUGUGUCGAUGCUCCACAAUCACCUGGCGACGGGCCGCUGGAACGAUGAGAACUGUAAUGAGAGGAGGAGCUGGGUGUGCUCCAGAAAGAAAUCUGCCAGUCUGCCCCCGCCUCCGCCCACCAGCAGUCCCUGCCCCUCAGGCUACACCACAUGGUACAAGAACUGCUACAAGCUGGUGGAGAGUCCGAAACCGUGGGAGGAGGCGCAGGCCGCCUGUGUGAAGGAGGGAGGAAACCUGGCCAGCGUGGACAUGAGCUACGAGCAGGCCUUCAUCACGGGAGUGGUCCAGCAGGGCAAAACAGAGGCCUGGAUCGGUCUCCGGCGCAAGGGGGACAGCGGUUCGUACCAGUGGUCGGACGGCUGGCCGAUCUUCUACACACACUGGGGUCCGGGAGAGCCGAGCAACCACGCAGACGAAGGCUGUGUGAGCAUGCACGGGCGCUCCCACUUCAUCCAGGGCACAUGGAACGACACGGACUGCAAAGUGGCCAAACCGUACAUCUGCAAGAUCUCACACGAGUCCAUCCCGCCGACUCCUCCUCCAGGAGACGGGGAGUGUUUCCCGGGCUGGCGGCCGUACGGGCGCUACUGCUAUUUCGUUUACAACGGGAAGCAGGGCUUCUCCUGGCCCGAGUCCCGACUCUACUGUCAGCAGAUCUCGGGAAGCGACCUGGCGUCAGUGCACAGCCGAGCCGAGGGCGAGUUCAUCAGGAGCAUCAACUACACCAGAUACCACAACGUCUGGAUCGGCCUCAGCAAGGAUGCAUCAUUUGGAUGGGGUUGGACUGACAUGACUGCGCUGGGAUACACAAACUGGCGUCCGGGCGAGCCGAACGGGGCCCAGCACGACGUGGGCCGAGAGGACUGUGUGGAAAUGUAUAACGACGAUGGAACCUGGAACGACAACAGCUGCUUCCAGAAGAGAGGAUUCGUCUGCAAGCGGCACCAACACUAUUCUACAGAUGACGGACGCACUACUACUCCAACUGUCUCUCCAAUACACCCUCAUGCAAAUGCAAUCGCCGGUGCUGUGAUCGGAGUUAUACUGGCCGUGGUCGUGGUUCUUGGCGCGCUGUAUUACAUCUUCAGGGUUAAAGGAGUCAAACUGAGCGCUGUCAGUCUUCCAACCAAAAAAACAAGUCCGGUCGAGGUGCCUACUUUCAACAACCCGAACUUCGGUGGAGAAUCAGAGACAUGAACCCGAGGUGGUGGAGUCGUCUCGUGUACAGAAAGUGGAAACGAUGGAGAGUUUUAAUCAGUGAUCAAGAUGUAAUUCAUUUCUAUGCUUUAGGACGUUUUAUUGGAAUUGAAAUAUAUUUGUAAGCUAAUUGAAGCGGAUGCAGUAAACUUAGAAAUAUUAGUAGGGUAAACUAGCUAAUGUGGUAAACGUUUCUUGUACAUACACUUGUGUUCUGAUGUGCACUGGAAAUACGAAGCUUUCAAUAAAAGACAAAGUUGUCUCAGUCUUCAUUGUUGUUGGGGUAGUAAAAGCUUAACAGCAAUUAAAU